GCAAAGAGCUGCAUCAACUUUUGUCUCACGUAACGAAAGUAAGAUUUUUUUGCAACCACCAUAGUUUCGUUCCUCUAACUACCGUUCCGGCCACCAAACCUCAUCAGAAGACCCGCAGUUGAACAUUCAUGACGCUUCACUUCACUAUGCACAAAUUAAUUCACUACUAAUUCCAUCGCACCACUCUUCCUUUCCUCUCUACCACAAUGCCGGACUCUCACUCCAUCGCCCCGCCACCGCCGGAAGAAACGGCGUCCGCCAGCUCUCAGACGCCGCCGCCCCGUCCACGCCAGGCGGAGCGUUCGCGCGCCACUUCCAGCAGAGGCGACUGGAGUUUCGGCGGUGGCUCCGCCGCCGCUGUCAGAGACGAAACUUGUUCCUGCUUCGCCGUGGUCUUCAGCUUUUGGUUAUUCGUGUCGAUGACUAUGAUACUGGGGGUUUAUGGGUCGAUGACGAUCGUGCUUGGUCCAACAUCUUCGAUAGUUUUCCAACCAAGUUCCCUGUUCGUGAAAUCUGUGAAGGUAGAAAAUUUGAUGGGAAAGCAUGGAGCCUGGCCCAUUCUUUAUGGUACGUAUGGGUAUCCAGCACUUGAUGUUUUUAGCAGUUGGGGUGAGACUCUUAAUGUGUCUCUUCCCUCUGGCGCAGAAAAGGAAUGGAAACUUUAUCUAAACAGAGGGAGUGCAAUAAAUAUUUCGUAUCACGUUAGUUCUAGGACCUCUUCUGUUUUCCUUAUAGUUGCGCAGGGGACGGAGACCUUCACUCGGUGGCUGGAGAACCCAACAGAACCUAACACAACUCUGUCAUGGAAUGUGAUUCAUGGAAGUGGUAUGAUUACCCAGGAAAUAUUCCAAUCGUCGAGCUAUUACGUAGCAUUGGGUAAUUUGGAUGAGGAUGUGAAGGUGACAUUAAACCUCAGUGUAAUAUCCACUUUGCAUAAUACAACAAAUGCUUACUACAGAUGUGCUCUUAUCAACACUCCAUGCGCUUUAGAUAUUUUCUUUCUUGAUGGAAGUGCAGCUGUUUUAGUUACUCCUGCUCCACAACAGAAUGCAUCCAAUGAAUGGUAUAUCAAACUGUCCUAUGGACCAAGAUGGGUAACCUAUAUUUUUGGCAUCGGAGGAUUGACUAUGCUUGUGUUUUGGUCAUUCAACUUAUUGAACAAACUUCAGUCUGCUCAUGAAGGUGGAGCAGGACAUAGAAGUGGGGGAACAGAACCUCAGAGAGCACCUCUGCUUUCUCACAAAGAUGAUGAUCUUUCAAGUUGGGGUUCAUCAUAUGAUUCCUUGCCACAAGACGAGGAAGAUCUUGACUUUCUUCCAGGAGACCCCAUUGGUGAGAAGCUUUCUGGUGAUGGUCAAACCAGUAACAGUACACGGCGUCUUUGUGCUAUUUGCUUUGAUGCUCCAAGGGACUGCUUCUUUCUUCCGUGUGGCCACUGUGUGGCAUGUUUUGCUUGUGGAACCAGGAUAGCUGAGGCAUCUGGUACUUGCCCUGUUUGUCGUAGGAACAUGAAGAAGGUUAGGAAGAUUUUCACGGUUUGAUGAUGUAGAGAUUACAUGAGUAGACACAAAAAGAUGUACUCGACUACACAUUACUUUCUUGGCAAUCAUUAAGAAUGAGGAAGCAAAUGGUGGCUGCUGGUGAGGAUCAUAUCAGCCAUUGCACUGCCUCUAGUGCAGUAGCCGCUUGAUGAUUGCCACCAGAAUCAUCCAUUCAUGUAUUCAAUUACUGAUUAUUGUAUUGCCAAUCAUUAACAAUUAUCUACUUUAUGGUGCUGCUGGUGAGGAUGGUAUUGGCCAUUGCAGCAAAACCUAAGAAGGUAUGGCUAUAUUUCAAACAAUUUUGCUCUACAUUAUCCUCAUCCUUAAGUGUGUUUGCUUUAAUGGUGAAGUAAAAAGAAAAAGAGUGUUUCU